UUCAACAGGCAACGUGAAAUCCUGAAAUUCUCCCUCCGAAAAAUAAAGUUAGAAAGAAAAUAUUCUUAAAUUCUUAGUGCAGCAAUCAACUCCUGAUAAAUCACCUGAAUAAUUAUCGUAAGGCUGGAUGUUAUUGCAACUGACUUUAAUCAACAGAAUUUAUUAAACCUCAAUCUUCAGUGAGACAAUAAUUCAUUAGUAGUAAAUUCACUAAAUAACUUCCUGGAGACUGAAUUUUGUGGGAGUCAACCAACUUUGUCAAGAAAAUUUAUCCACCAGACAGGAAUGAAAUCCCAAAUAAAAAGAUCAUUCGAUUCUCAGUGAAAGAGUAGUUAAUUACUGGUAACACACUUAAAUAAUCAACACCAAGGCUGGGAUCUGUGGUUUUCAACGCACUUUAAUCAAGAAAGUUUGUUCAACAGAUGUGAAAUCCUCGUGGAUUCUAACUAAUUAAAUCUCAUUAUCCUGGAGUUGAAUAAAGUUUUCGUUGUGUUCGACUGCAAGAGGUACAAUGUCCACUGGAAGUAUCUUAUUAAAUAAUUUGAGUUGAUUUUUAAGACCACAUGAACAAGUUAAUGCUCAUUUCGUGGGGUUUUCGAAUAAUUAAAAUGCUGAUCGAGAUCUUCUGAUUCAUUAAAAAAAAGUUACGAAUUAAUUGGGUAGCAAUUUGGUUCAUUCUCAAGGUACCAUAAACCUCGGAUUCAAUCAUGGAUAAAUUGCAUGAUUAUCAAGGAAUUACGGGCCGAAUGCAUGGUGUGCGUGAUAAAAUCAGUGAAAAGUGGAGUGAGUUUAAAGAGUGGAAGAAUGAAAUACCAACGAAUCAGGGAAUUGGGGGCGUUGUUGCGCAUUUUCGUAAGCCACCGAAAUUGGAGAGAAGUCUGGAGGAUUACUCCCAUGUUUACAGGCAAAAGACACGGGGAGAACUGGUGAGGAUAUCAGCAGCAGUGAUGGGGAUUGAAUUUUCUUAUGCCGCUGAAACAGCAUUUGUCUCGCCUACUCUAUUAAAAAUCGGUGUUGAUCAUCAGCAUAUGACUCUGGUAUGGGCUCUCAGUCCCCUUGUGGGAUUCUUCGUCACACCGAUCCUCGGCAGUGUCAGUGACCGAUGCAGAUAUAAAUUCGGGAGGAGAAGACCUUUCAUUCUACUAUUAUCCAUUGGCGUUUUUCUUGGAUUGCUAUUGGUACCCAAUGGAGAGGAUAUGGGCUACGCUUUUGGUGACCCCAGACCACUGCCAAAUCACACAGCUCCUCUGGGCCAUCGAGUCACUGCUAAAGUUGCCAAUGAAACUGCCCCCGCAGUCCCAACGUCAUCCCACUGCUGGGGAAUAUUCUUCACGAUUUUAGGAACCGUUUUACUGGAUUUCGAUGCUGACGCAUGUCAAAGUCCAGCCAGGGCUUAUCUUCUAGAUGUAACGAUACCAGAGGAUCAUGCCAGAGGUCUCAGUACAUUCACCAUAAUGGCUGGUCUCGGUGGAUUUAUGGGAUACGGUUUAGGAGGAAUAAAUUGGGAUGCCACGAGUAUUGGUGUUGCACUCGGUGGACAUCUGCAUGCAACAUUCACGCUUAUCACUAUUAUCUUCAUUAUUUGCGUUUCUUACACAGUCACCAGCUUCAAGGAAAUUCCUCUUUAUCUUCUGGAGCGGGAUGAGUAUCAGAAUAUUCAACGAACGCAACAGGAGGCGAAACCAGACAAUGAAUACGAGAAAAUAACGGGCGAAGAAUGCACAUCCUAUGGAGCAGUUGCAACGGAAAUUGCUGAAAGACAUGACGAUUUGAUACUGAAGCCACUUCCGGUAGAUACAAAGAGACACGGAUCAGUGCCAAUGAUCCCCGAGAUCUCCUCACCAGGCAGCUACGAUAAUGACAUACAAGAGAGCCAGAAUAUUGAAACAAGAGUAACACUGAGUGAAUACCUGAUGUCAAUAGUCUACAUGCCUCACAGUGUACGCAUGGUUUGUCUGACCAAUCUCUUCUGUUGGAUGGCACACGUGUGCUACUCCCUCUACUUCACUGAUUUCGUAGGCGAAGCGGUUUACGGGGGUAAUCCACAGGCGCCGGAGGGAUCAGUGGAACGAGAGCUCUAUGAGUCGGGCGUGCGAUUCGGAUGCUGGGGAAUGUCGAUGUAUUCACUAUCAUGCGCCUGUUAUUCUUUGAUCAUCGAAAAAUUGAUAGAACUGUAUAAGGCACGCAAAGUUUAUAUAUACGGCCUCCUCUUCUACAGUUGUGGAAUGAUGAUGAUGGCGCUUACGAAGCAUCCAGCAGGCGUUAUAAUUUUUUCGUGGACUGCAGGCGUCAUGUACUCCACGUUAUUCACCAUGCCGUAUUUAUUAAUUGCACGGUAUCAUGCACUCUCCACGUUCGCUGUAACAACAAAUGGUGAGACCAUUCAAAGCGGUGGAGUGCGAGGCCUAGGCACAGACGUGGCAAUCGUGUCAUCCAUGGUAUUUCUAGCCCAAUUUCUCCUAUCUUGCUGUCUGGGAACAAUCGUAAGUUUAUCAGGAACAACAACAGCCGUUGUAUUCGUCGCAAGCACACUCGCAGCUUGCGGCGCACUAUCAGCGACCCAAGUGAUGUAUCUAGACCUCUAAGUCAUCGAUUCAGUCUUCAUUUAUUACGGGGUCGAUAGUGAUGUGCCAUUUAUCUUGGGAAUUUAUUCAAUCAGUAUUAAUCAUACAGUGGAAUGGUUUUCAAUAAUUGACAGGUCUCACUAAGCACAAAAUUAAUGAAUUUAUUGAUGAAUUAAUUAUAAAUGAUCUGUGUUGAUGUGUAAAUAUUGUUCGA